UCGUGGUAUAGCGAAUUGAUUUGUCGGUUAGUUUACCAGGAAAUUCUUUGUGCUACUCCAACUCUCCGAAAAUGUUCCAAAAGUCAGCUGCUGUUCUCUUGGCUCCUGCCAUCCGUAAUGCCAUGCAACGUCGUUGCCAAUCGGUGAUUUCAUCGCCACCAACCCAAAAAGUUUCCUCUGCUGAAAAACUUGUUCUCGGCGGUGGCAUGUUUGUCUCCACCUUGGUCAUUCCUGCUUGGGUUUUGUAUCACAUCCGUGAAUACCGUGGCUUGAAGUAAAUCCCUCCCCAAUUCC